AUGGCGUUGGGUGUACCUGCUUUUCCCUUCACAAUCGUGACUCAUGUUCUGGGCGUUGUUGACGUGGUUCUAGUCUUGGUCUGGCUCCUACAUUUCAGGGGGGGUUUGGCCUGGGAAUCUGACAACAAGCAACUCAUCUUUAAUAUUCAUCCAUUUCUUAUUGUUUUGGGCCUCAUAUUUCAUGGAGGUGAAGCUAUUAUAAGUUAUAAAUCUCUUCCCCUGAAGAAGGAAGUGAAGAAAUUGGUACACCUUGUUCUCCACGCCAUCGCAUUAAUACUUGGAAUAGUCGGAAUUUAUACUGCCUUCAAGUAUCACAAUGAAAGUGGGAUUGCCAACCUGUACAGCUUGCACUCAUGGCUUGGAAUUGGGGUUAUUGUCCUUUAUGGCAUUCAGUGGAUAUAUGGGUUUGUGAUCUUCUUCUACCCUGGUGGGACUCCAGACAUUAGACGUUUCUCUCUUCCUUGGCAUGCACUAUUUGGGCUGUUUGUAUUUGUUUUGGCUGUGGGAACUGCUGCUCUUGGGUUUCUGGAGAAGCUCACUUUCCUGGAGAGCUCAGGAUUGGACAAGUAUGGUUCUGAGGCAUUGCUUGUGAACUUCACUGCUAUCAUCACAGUCGUAUUUGGUGUCUUUGUUGUGUUAUCUGCUUUAGCGGAUGCACCUGCAACAGCAGAUGACUAUGAAGCCAUAUAA